AUGACGACGACGACGAACCCAUCGAGCACCUACACGCAGGGCUACUCCAGCCAGACUCUCGCAACCCAACAAUCUCGCACGGUUGGCUCCGAUGCUGCCUUUCUGUUCCCUCACAUCAAACAGACAGACCAUGUCCUCGACGUCGGCUGCGGCCCAGGGACCAUCACCACAGGCUUUGCCCAAUGUGCCAACGAAGGGAGGAUUGUCGGGGUUGACAUCUCGACGGACGUCGUAGGCAGGGCCAGAACACUGGCCGAGCAGGCCGGCAUUCCCACAGAAGGGCCUGGGUCCGUCGUCUUCGAGGAAGGCAACGUCCUCACAGGCCUCGCCUACGCAGACAAUACCUUCGACGUGGUGUUCUGCUGCCAGACACUCGGGUACAUGCCACCGCCAGAGACGCCGGUAAAAGCGCUCGCGGAGAUGAGACGGGUCUUGAAGCCCGGAGGAAUUCUGGCCGUGCGCGACACCAUCGAGCAGCAUUUUUAUCCGCGGACCGCGGACCUGGACCGACUCUGGGUGGGAAACUUCCGCCGGGCGGUGCUCAAGGAUCAUCCUGACGCCGACCUGUCGGCACCCCCCGUACCGGCCCUGUUUCGUCGCGCGGGUUUUGAUGUCGAUGGAGGCAAGGUUCGCAUCGGGACUGCAAGUACGACCAUCUCAGGAGCAGAGACUAGACAGAGACUUGCGAAGCGAGCCAAGAGCCAAUUGCAGCCCGGAGACCCCCUGUACCAGAAUUGGUUGGAUGCUGGCAUCACCGAAGAUGAGAUACAGCAGACCAUACGUGCCUCGAGACAAUGGGCCGAGACAGAGGACGCGUGGUAUGUGGCGCUGCAGUGCGAGACGCUGGCGUGGAAGUAG